CUCGAGGCGUAAAGCUCAUUGCACGUGAAAGCCAUUAUAGUCCCAAAGCGGGCACAGUCCACUCACAGUAAGUAGUUCCCACAAAGACCCAACGUGGAUUGAAAAUUUCACCCAUCAUUAUUUUUAUUAUAUUAUGUACUUUGCAGAUGUGUGCAGGUACGCUCACGAUGUUUUCGAAAAGCUCAAGGUAAAUUUAAAAUUAAAUUGCAGAUUCAAACUCACACACGCCCUCUGUUUGCGAGGCAGUACGUCAAACCAUAUUUAGGGAAUAGCACCAACAUGAUCUUAGAUUAUUGGCUACAUAGACCAAAUAAAAUUGGCUGCCACUGCUAUUUUUCCCUUGGCAUUAUUAAGUUUAUUGUUCAUGAGCAUAAUUAAAGAAAAUUUAAAGCGUUGAAUGUUAAACUUGUCACUAUAGAAACGCAUAAACAAAAAUAAAUUAAUGUCGUCACUUCACAAUAAAUCGGUAAGAAAAUUGUGUUGUUACUGUUUUUCUUUGGAAUCACUCAGUUUACGCUGUCGAAGAUGCCCAUUUUGGUGAAAGACUACACUUGGAUACAAUCUCCUAAAGUUAUAAGUAUAAGGAUCCCUAUAAGUCCCGUAAAUCACGAAAAAGUGGAUGUGUUUAUCACCGAUUGGUACGCGAAGGCUAAUUUCAGUCCUUUUCUUUUUGAAAUAUUCUUACUACACGAAAUAGAUAGUAAGAAAAGUUCUUGUAUUGUCAAGGAAGAUUUGAUAUCGUUGGAGUUAUUUAAAAAAGAAGAACAGGAAUGGGAGAGUUUAGAAAAGGAAUUAACAAAACCAGAAAAAAUGAAAAUCAAGGAAGAAGUUCUAAAAAAAUGUCAAGAAGAGGCAAACAAAGAAGCCGAAGAUAAAAGGAUACAAAAAACUCAAUUGGACAGGCAUGCCGUUCAAAGAGCAAUGGACGUGGAUGCAAGACAACAUGAAAUAAUGGAUAAACGUAGAAAUGAUGAAAGGGACAAAGCUAUGACUGCUUUAGAAGAAUGGAGAUUUAAUACUGCUGAAAAGGAAUCGUUAAAAGUAAUCGAAAAUAAUAUAAAUGUACCUCUGAAAUUAGAGCCUAGAGAUUCGGGUGUCAAGAUUGUAGAGCUCGAUAGUUCUUCGGAUGAAGAAACGAAAAAACCCACAAAGGUGGCUCCUCCAGUUAGAAGACCACCACCGAAGACCAUAGUAAAGUCAGAAUAUGUUGAUAAAACGAAGGAUAAAUUAAAUAGAAGAGUACUUCCGAAGCUAAGAAGUACUGCAGAGAUUAAAAUUACGCAUACUCCUAGGACGUUUCCGACGCCCAGUAGAGAGUCAACUGCCGAAGAGGAAGCGGUUUGGUUGAAAAAUGUUACUUUGGCGCGUAGGGCUACAGGUUUCGUAAGCGAGGAUCUGCGACCUGAAGAACAAGAUCCUCAAUGGUGCAAGGACAAGGGAGAUGAAUUUUUUCGCAACGGAAAUUUCCUUGGCGCCAUCAGUGCUUACACACACGGCAUUUCACUAUCUGACAAACUACCAAGCUUGUAUGCUAACCGCGCCGCUACCCAUUUUGCGCUUGGCAAUUUUAAUAAAUGUAUGGGGGACUGCUCCACUGCCAUAGACCUCAUGAAACCAGAAUGCGAAGGCAACAGACGCAGUCGAGCUAAGUGUGUAGCUCGCCGCGCCGCCGCUCUCGCGCGUGUCGGAAUGUUGAACAAGGCCAUAGACGAAAUGAAAGCAGCGGCGAAAUUGCUGCCCGAAGACGAUACGCUCAAGAAGGAUAUUUAUGAUAUGGAGAGGGCUUGGGAACAGAAUCCCGAUUCCGAUUAAUGGAUUACUUUCAAGUUUAUCACAGUUAGAGUCGA